AUGUUAAGACAACCAUUACGCCAAAUCCGUUUCCACUCGAAAUUGGCACUUGCAGGAUACAACAGCAAAGAAGUGACAGUCACCAUCAACGGCAGAACCUGUACAUUCAACAACGUGUUUUUGAGAGACGCAUGCCAAAGCCCAGACUCGGUAGACCCCAUUUCUAGCCAAAAACUAUUCACUACAGCAGAUGCAGCAACCGGCUUGCAAAUUAACGCACCCCCAGUGGUAGAGGAUUCCUCAUUGAAAAUCCAAUGGAGCAACAAUGGCAAACUCACCAACUCAGUCUACCCCGUGUCAUUCUUAGAAAACUACUCCACCAACAAACGACUCGGCAAAUUCUUUGACAAAGAUAGAAAGUUAUGGGACAAACAAGAACUCGAAAACAACUUUGCCUCCCUCAACAUGGACUACGACGACAUUCUCACCAACGACAACUCUUUCUUCCAGACGUUGUACAACUUGAAUAGGUACGGGUUAACAUUUGUCAACAACAUCCCCACCCCACAAAUUUCUGACAUGACAGAGGACAACGCCACGCAAUGGCCAGUGUACAAGAUCGCCGAAAAGUUUGGCUACAUCAAGAAAACAUUCUACGGGACAUUAUUCGACGUCAAGAACAAGAAGGAAAAAGCAACCAACAUUGCCUACACCAACACGUUUUUGCCAUUGCACAUGGACUUGCUCUACUACGAGUCACCCCCGGGAUUACAGUUGCUACACGCUAUCCAGAACUCUACGUUGGGCGGCGAAAACAUCUUCUGUGACUCGUACCUUGCUGCUGAGCAUGUCCGGAAAACCGACCCCAGGGCAUACACGGCACUCACCCAGACCCCAAUCACCUUCCACUACGACAACAACAACGAGUACUACUACUACAAGCGGCCGUUAAUCGUUGAAGACCCCGAGGUUGGCGACGGGUUCCCGAAAAUCGCGUCCAUCAACUAUGCCCCGCCAUUCCAGGGCCCAUUCGAGGUUGACCCCCACCCAGACUUUAUCCGCGGAAUGCAGUUAUUCGAAACCUUCAUCAACGACCCGGCAAACCACUUUGAAAUCAAAAUGCCAGAAGGCACUUGUGUCAUUUUCGAAAACAGAAGAGCCCUUCACUCGAGAAACGCAUUCUCCGACCUGAACAACGGCGACAGAUGGUUAAUGGGCACUUAUGUUGACGGCGACAGUUUUAGAUCAAAAUUACGUAUAGGCUAUAGAAAAGUACAUACCUAA